AUGCGUCUCCCACGCUUUAACUGCUGGGCCGGAGCGUUGCUGGCCCUCAGCGCCGCCAGCUUCGGUGCCAACGCCCAACUGUACGACGCCAUCGUCGUGGGUAGCGGACCCGGCGGUCUCGUGGCUGCUGAGUAUCUGUCCCGCGACUCGAGUGUGUCCGUGCUCAUCCUGGAAGCUGGCCCCAAGUCUCUAGCUGCCACGGGGGGAACCGACUCCCCCAAUUACGCUCAAGGCCGCGGACUCACCAAGUUCGACAUCCCGGGCGAGUAUGACGGCACCACGUACAACUCGGCGAACGAGCAGUACCGCGUCGACUGGAUCAGCGACGCCUACAUGUGGCUCGGCAAGCUCGUGGGCGGGUGCUCGUCCAUCAACGCCGCGCUCUACUUCCGCCCGCCUGACUCGUACGUGACCAACAUGCAGUGGCCCUUCUCGGCGGCGCAGAUGGUCGCCAAGAUGGACGAGAACGAGAAGCUCCACGGCCACACGGACAAGCCGUCCCCCAACGGAGUCUGGUACACCCAAGAGGGCUACUCGAUCGUGUCCAAGGCGCUGCUGGCUAGAGGAUACGCUGAACGCAUCCUCAACGACGCAGCGGCGAGGAACAGCAAGAGCAAGACGUUCGGCCAUGCCCCCUUCACCUUCAAGAACGGCAAGCGUGACACCCCUGCGAACGCCUUCUGGGCCCCUAUGAGCACGCGCAGCAACGUGAAGAUGCUGACUGGAGCCAAGGUGGACUACAUCCUACGUGCCGCUGGAGGGAAAGCUACGGGAGUCGUCUACAACGGAGGAACUCAGGCGACUCUGUCAGCUCGGGGAGCUGUGAUCAUGGCAGCCGGAGCGUUGAGCACGCCCAAGGUGCUGAUUCAGAGCGGCAUCGGGCCGUCCUCUCAGCUGAGUAUGCUCAACGGACGCAAUGGCUUCGCUGGCGUCUCCCAAGCUGCUGGCUGGGUGGUGAACGCCAAUGUCGGCCGCAAUCUCUUCGACACCAACGUCGUGUUUGCCUCCUUCGCGCACUCGCAGAUGAGCUCCUUCCAGUACAAAUCCAAACCUAGCUGGGCCAUCGACCAGUACAUGAACCAAGGCUUCACGGGCCCCUUCUCAAGCUCCGGACCGACCCUCAUCAGCUACGAGAACUACGACGUCCAAGGUCGCAUGUACGAGUUCCAGUCCACCGCUCUGACCACUGGCUUUGGCGAGUUCGCCAGCCGCACCAACGCGUUCACGCUGGCCCUGUACGUGAACAACCCCGAGUCAAGGACGGCCUCGGGCUUCGACGCUAACGGCAACUGGAAGGCCUUCAACGAAGGCUGGCCGUACUUCAGAACCAACCGAGACCUGGCCGCGAUGCAGUCGUAUGCGCAGCGCACCGUCAGCGCCAUGGUGGCUCAGGGCGCCACGUUCCUCUCGGCUGGAUCGGACGACGCGUCGGUCGCCAACUGGGUGGCGGCCAACCGCGGCUACAUCACGCACCACUUUGGCGGCAGUUGCUUCGCGUCCAAGAACGCGGCCGACAGCACUCGCUGUGCCGAUGAGAAGCUGCGCGUCAUUGGGAUGAACAACGUGUUUGUGGCCGAUGCUAGCGCUAUGCGCGACGGCACGGUCAAUCCCUACGGCUUCAUCAUGUACAUCGGGCGUGAAGCUGCCGACCAGGUCAAGAGCUACAUCGCUGCGAACAACGGCGGGUCCGGCGCCACCUGCUCCAGCGCCGAGAACAACGUCAACUACCAAGGUAACGACGUCGGCAGCCAGCAGAGCGCAUCGGCUAGCGGCUGCUGCUCCAUCUGCGCUGCCAACUCGAACUGCAAGGCGUACACGUGGACAAACUACAACGGCGGCACCUGCUGGCUGAAGAGCGCAAAGGGGGGUGCAGUGAGUCAGAGCGGAGCUGUAUCGGCUACGCUUGGUGGGAGCGCAACAUCGUCCUGCUCUACCGUUGAGGAGAACACCAACUACGGUGGAGCAGACAUUGGCAACGCUCUGAGCGGUUCGGCUGAGGGUUGCUGCGCCAUUUGCAAGGGCAGGACGGGAUGCAAUGCGUACACGUGGACGAACUACAACUCUGGAACGUGCUGGCUGAAGAGCUCGAAGGGCACCGCCACGGCGCAGACCGGAGCGCGAUCGGCUCAGAUUUCUUCAUCCUCGUCCACUUGCACGUUGGUCAACAACGUCGACUACGCCAACAACGACAUCGGCAGCGCCCCCAGCUCGACGGCCUCGGGCUGCUGCGCUAUUUGCCGGGCGAAGACAGGAUGCAAGGUCUUCACGUGGACGAACUACAACGGAGGCACGUGCUGGCUCAAGUCUGCUCAGGGCGCGACUUCUACGAGUGCUGGUGCCGUGUCGGGAUCCAUUUGA